AACCACCAGGAGGAGAAGGCAAUGACAACCGCACAAAAAUAACUGCAACUAGGACAUAACAAGACCUUCCCAAAAAUAAACAGCUUGACUUGGCUUUAUAACAAAAGGGACAAGCCCCUGGGCUCUUCCUCAGACCAGCCCCUCCUCUACAUAUACAAAUCUCCAUCCUAAGUCCAGAAGAUCCAACCAACAGGAACGCAUCCAGCAGGAGCAAUGGCAAAGUCUCUCAAGGCUAUCGUCUUCUUGGCCUCGGCCCUUUGUUUCCUGUCCCUUCUCGGGGCCGUGUGCGGCGACGACCGCUUCUUCGUGGAGGGCAAGGUUUACUGCGACACCUGCCGCACCCAGUUCAUAACCAAAGUCAGCAAAGACAUGGCAGGUGCCAAGGUGCGCUUGGAGUGCAGGGACCGCGAGGGCGGAGCCAUAACCUACAGCAUUGAGGGCGUGACCGACAACACCGGGACCUACCGCCUUCCGGUGGACGGAGAGCAUGAGGAGGAGAUCUGCGAGAUCGUGCUCGUCAAGAGCAGCCAGCCCGGCUGCGAGGAAGUCAGCAACGAUCCUUUCCUGAGGAAGAGCGCAAGGAUCAGCCUCACCAAGAACAACGGCAUGGCCACCCCGGUUCGCCAGGCCAACCCGCUCGGGUACAUGAAGAAGGAGCCUCUCGCCGAGUGCGCCGAGGUCCUCAAGGAGCUCGGGAUGACCGCGUUCGGCCUCGCCUAAACCCUAAAAUCUCCGUUUCUUUUCACCAUUUCGCAAUGCAAUGUCCCUAAUCUCUGUCCUCUAUGCAAGAGGGCAAACAAACAUUAAGUACUAGUACGAGCCCGUUUGAACGUUUUGCUUGCUCAUCAAGUUGACUUAGGUUUCGGCUUUUGGUGAAGUGGGCAAGCAUUUCCUUGAUCAAUGCUUUAUGUACGUA